GGCAGGCGACGUCGAUUCGUGGCUUCUUACACAGAUUGCUCUCAGUCCGAACAAUCUUGCCCACGGACAAGCUCCCAUCACAACUACCGGUUUCACUUUCCCACUCGAUAACUUACCCAACACUUGGAGUCUUAUCAACCUGUAUGGCUGCACAUCCGUCAUUGUCAUCUCUCGCAAACGAAUGUUUAUGACACACAUUUGGGAAGGACCCACGAUGGUCACGCCACAGAAUCUCCAAACACAGAUCCUGGACAGCCUUCGUUACGGCGACGCUGGAGUCCCGCAAGGGCUUACUGCAUUUACGGGAGCUGGGGGAGACUUCGAGAAUAUCCCCGAAAAUAAAGUGCGUGCUUUUAUCAUCACUCCAUACAGACGGCAGGCUCCAGCAAACCCUAGCCAUAACGACCUAGAGUACCCUUACGAAGUCGGCAAGAUUCAAGACCUGUUAAAAGAUGUUCUUGGGCGCACUGAUACACUCAUUAUCCCUUACGUGGCCAUGUUCCCCGACCCAGAUUUGGACUACCCAUUUGGAAAGGUUUUAAUCCAGUACGAUCCUGUCGCUGCGUGGCUGGGCCGAGCAGACGGUAGCUGCGAUACUCAAGUCGCAGGAAUAGAGCUAUGGUUCGAAGCCAAUCCAAUGCACCGUUAUAGAGAUAGGUGGUUUCCAUUCCCCAACCAGAUCCUGCCGAUGAGAACUCUGCCCAGACGGUCAAAUUCAGGGGACGGAAACGAAAUACGUCUGCUUAGAGGGAGGAAAGUAACUGAUGCGGACGAGGAAGAGUGGAAGGAGUACGAGAGCAUAAUGAAGCGCCAGGGGGGCGGCUCCUGCUCCCUGCCUAGUGCCCCAGGUGAGAGUGCCCCUGCAUCCUCGACCUCUCCACCAUCGUCGACCGGUCAGACCCCGACUACGCUUCAAACAUCAUUUGUAUCUUCAUCGAGCGAAGGUGGCACUACUUCCCCAGAGGAACUACCUCCGUCGACGCAAGAGCCUCCCUCCAGCACCAAAGAACAACCCUCGGAGACAUCCACUCCUGCCUCGGACCCGACUCCAACUCCGACUCCAAGCAAAGCCGUCUCUAUUAUCAUAAGACACGUCAACGACGAUGAUGACUACUACAACUCCUGGACCUUCUUCGAGACUUCGGUCGGCUCGCAAGCCGAUGGAUGCGAAAACCCAGUCCUCGACGACAAAGCUACACGAUGGUCCGACCGCGACGCAAUCAACAACCCACCAUGGCCGCAUGGAACAUUCACUAUGACCCUGUUUGCCGAAGAGAACUGCCAGUACCUGAACGACGGCAAAGGGGCCGGUAUUUUGCACUGUCCUUCUAUGGGUGAGGGAAACAAUGUGGGUUGCAAGGAGGAUGCGGAGAAGAGUCAGGUGUCAGCCAUCACGCAAUGUUUGUAUUCUUUGGCUUUGAGUAUAUCGUAUCAUCGCGCUGUUUCCUGUGAGUAUUAGGGUAUGUGGUGAGUGUUUGGUUUGGUAAAUAAAAUUGGAGCAAUACUUCAAGGCUGAGUUGGGCGCAGAAUGUCCGCAAUGAGCAAACUCGCUGCGGUGGAAUCGUCUACGAUUGGCGUGAUAGUGGCGGAGGCUUUAAUAUCGAAAUUUGUCGACUCAAAGGGCGAGAGAACUGACCACUUGGACGUCGCGACGGAAUUACAAGCCAGGAGACGAAGGAGCUGAUGACGCAUUCUGGAAGAUAGCAAGAGCGUUCAAAGAUUCGAUAAUCCACUACUUUCCGAAGUUCACUUCAUCCUAACGUUAUUAAAGUAAUGCUCUCGCCACUUCAAGGAUGAAUCUGUUAUCAAUAUCCUUCUCCUUAUAGCAUCUCAUUCUACGGAGUCCCAUGACGACGAACCGAGCAUAUUUCUAGCCACAAUUAGAGCAGAGCGAUCACGGAGCGAUUGCGCCUUACAAAAAUUGCAAUAGAACCUUCAGCACUCUUUUAGA